UAUCAUCUCAUGCCCUUUUUACACUCCAUUCUUCCUUUGGGCUUCAUUGAUUGGAAUUCCCUUUUCAUGCAAUCUAGAAGAAACAAAAGUCUGCUACAUGAAAAGGGAGAGGGUAAAUUUAAAUCACACAUGCAUGCUCAGAAGUCGGCAAAGGAAGAGAACGUGCCGCCGAGAGAGGGAGGGAGGGAGAGAAAAAAGAAGGAAGACAUGUAGUCAAAUGUCCCACCGGAAAAUAGAAGAAGAAGUAGUAGAAGAAGAAGAAGGAUUUCAACCCGUGCCAUUAGAUUCCCAUCUCCAAUCUCAUCCUCAUCCUCAUUCUCGUUCCUAUCUUCAUCGCGAGAAAGAAAUUAAAAAGGGGAGUUCUUAUUUUACAACACAACACGAAAAUCCACCCUUCCUCGCACCAGAAGUGAAAAAAAAAGAUGGAGAGGAGGUUUCCCCCCGCCAUGACCUCCUCUUCGGAUCGAUGCCCCCCACUCCUCAGGAUCCCGCAGCGGGAGAUGACUUCCCUGGGACAACGGUCUUCCUCCUAGGGAUCUGGCCUUUGCUCGCGCUCGUCAUCCACUCCGGCGACGACGGCGCCGGGAGGAGGAGGUGGUGGUGGUGGUGAGGAGGAUCUGUCUUCUGUUGGUGCGGGGACGCAACACGGAGAGAAGGAGAGGGGAUUCGGGAUGGAGGUGGAGAUCGAGAUCGAGCGGUUCGGCCGCUGUCGUCACUGCUGCUGUUGUCGGCUUCGAUUCU